ACAUUUGAAAUAUUAUAGAUCAGACACACAGACACAAACACAUUAAUUGGAAAAAAAACCAUCUUCUUCCUCCUUUUCUUUCUCUAACUAGAAAUAUAUAUUUUGUUACUAACUGCAACAUUAUCAGUGUAAUCAAUGGCCCAAACCAUGUUACUAAGCUCCAGCUCUGUCUCAAAUUGUCAUGUGGUUGAUCUAAAGAGAGACCCUUUACUUCAAAUCCGAGUUCAGAGACUCAAGGCUAACCCAUUUUCUCAAAGUCUCACUUACAAUCCACUCACCUCUUCUUCCAAAUCUCCUGCAGUUUCGACCGUUUUUGCUCUCUUCAAAUCGAAGACCAAAGCCCCUGCCAAGAAGGUUGUGAAGUCGAAGCCAAAGGUUGAAGAUGGUUUGUUUGGAACCUCAGGGGGUAUUGGUUUUACAAAGCAGAAUGAGCUCUUCGUUGGUCGUGUUGCCAUGAUUGGGUUCGCCGCAUCGAUAUUGGGAGAAGCAAUUACUGGAAAAGGAAUUCUACAACAACUAAAUCUGGAAACUGGAAUUCCCAUUUAUGAAGCAGAACCUCUUCUUCUGUUCUUCAUCCUGUUUACCCUGCUUGGAGCCAUUGGAGCUUUGGGUGACCGUGGUCAAUUCGUCGACGACCCUCCUACCGGAAUCGAAGGGGCAGUCAUUCCUCCAGGCAAAAGCCUCAGAGCUGCCUUGGGACUUAAGGAAGGAGGUCCCCUGUUUGGAUUUACAAAGGCAAAUGAGCUUUUCGUUGGAAGAUUGGCUCAACUGGGAUUUGCAUUCUCUUUAAUCGGAGAAAUCAUAACUGGGAAGGGAGCAUUGGCGCAGCUUAACAUUGAGACUGGAGUUCCUAUCAAUGAAAUUGAGCCUCUGGUGUUGUUCAACGUUCUCUUCUUCUUCAUUGCGGCACUGAAUCCCGGGACUGGUAAAUUUGUCACCGAUGUCGAUGAAGAAGACUAAGAUGCCUACCUAGCUUCUGUUCUUUAAAUUUUCCUUCAUUAAAACCAUCUUGAUUGUAAUAUGUGCUCAGAAAUUUAGUAGUUUUAUUUCUCAUUA